GGACGACCUCUUCAUCGUCCGGUUGUGUGCUAUCCAUCUGGCUGUGUCACAGUUCUCCAAUUGGUUCAUCAGUUCAAAGAUCACCCUUGCAACAGCCCCCAAUCUUGCGCUCUCAACUGCCCACCAUGUCUGAGAUCCCCGCCGGCCUCAAGGCGUCCCUGGACGCGACCAAGGUCGAGUAUCGCCAGCUCGGCAAGAGCGGCCUCAAGGUUUCGGUGCCCAUCUUUGGGUGCAUGAGCUUUGGCGACUCCAAGUCCAUGUCCUGGGUCAUUGACGAAGGGGAGGCCCUCCCGCUACUCAAAGCCGCAUACGACCGGGGCAUCAACACCUGGGACACGGCCAACGUCUACUCCCAGGGCGCGAGCGAGAGGAUCAUCGGCAAGGCCCUCAAGAAGUACGCGAUCCCGCGCGAAAAGGUCAUCAUCGCGACCAAGUGCUUCUGGGCGCCGGGGGAGCAGCCCGAGGUGCGGCACAUUAUGCACAAGGAGGCCCUCGAGCUGUCCAAGGACUACGUCAACAACUACCACCUGUCGCGCGGGGCCAUCUUCAACCAGGUCAACGCGAGCCUGAGGCGGCUGGACGUCGAGUACAUCGACCUGCUCCAGAUCCACCGGUUCGACUCGGCGACGCCCAUCGAGGAGACGAUGAAGGCGCUGCACGACCUCGUGCAGAGCGGCAAGGUGCGGUACAUUGGCGCCUCGUCCAUGUGGGCGACGCAAUUUGCGAGGAUGCAGUUCGUCGCGGAGAAGAAUGGCUGGACAAAGUUCAUCUCCAUGCAGAACCACUACAACCUGCUCUACCGCGAGGAGGAGCGCGAGAUGAUCCGCUUCUGCAACGACACGGGCGUCGGCCUGAUCCCCUGGGCCCCUCUGUGCCGCGGCCACCUGGCCCGCCCGCCCAGCGACUUUGGCAGCACGACGCGCAGCAAGCAGGAGAAGGAGUCCCAGCCGGGCACGCACGGCACGAGCGAGCUGGACGUGCAGACGAUCAAGCGCGUCCAGGAGAUUGCGCAGAAGCACGGGGACGGGUGGACGAUGAGCCACGUCGCGCUGGCGUGGAUCAACAAGCGCGUCACGAGUCCUAUCAUUGGGUUCUCAAAGGUAGAGAGGAUCGACGAGGCCAUUGGCGCGAGGGGAAAGGUGCUGACGGCCGAGGAGGAGAAGUAUCUCGAGGAGCUUUACCAGCCAAAGCCCAUUUCCGGGCAUGUCUAGGCAGCGUUCUGGCUUAUGCGUAUGGCCAGGAAUGGCACUGUAUUGCUAGAGAUAUGUGUGCAGGGGGCGGCGUAUCAAGUCCAGAUCCGGUCGACCGGUCCCUGUAUGUGGCCUUACAUCAAGUGGAACAUAAUGCAACAAGCAGAUGUCAAUCGAG